GGACAAAACCGCUAAACAACAAUAUCCGGUUGCAACUUUCAGUUUUUGCGGGAAAGUUUGUUUGUUGAAAAAGUUGACAUUUCAAACUGUCCGAAAAUUUUAUUUUGGAAAUGCAUUAUUAAAAGAUUGACUUGAACUAUACUAUUGUGAUUGAUAAUGGAUUCUGAUCCUGAAGAAUUAUAUGGAAAACGAAAGAAGAAAAAGUUAAAAUGCCCAAACCCUUUAUUUGAACAAUGGUUGACUGAAUGGAGAGAUGAAGCUGCCUUGAAAGGUUGGAAAAGUCAAUUUAAUUUUGGAAAGGCCCUAGCUACGUUGAAGAAAUUCCCAUUACCUCUAGCGAACGGAAAAGAAUGCAAAAUGUUGAAAAACUUUGGUGAUAAAACAUGUAAAAUGUUGGAAACUAAACUAGCAGAACAUGUGGCUCUCUAUGGUACAACAGCUCCAGUGUCGGCAACCACAACUUCAUCAACAAACGUGACAUCUCUAUCAUCUUCAACUGUCACAUCAACCAAUCAUAUUACUCCAUCUUCUAUAAUGUCAACAAAUACAGCGUCAACAUCCCACAUCACAGGUGUUGACAGCAGUGAUUCAGAUACAGUUGAUAACUUGGUGAAUGCAAGACCUCCUAAAAAAAGAAGAAAGUCUUCUGGUAAUACAGAGUAUAUACCGAGUUAUCGAACUGGACCCUACGCCAUAUUACUGGCCUUGUAUACAAAUAGACAGGAUGCUAAUUGCAAAGGUUAUUUAACGAAGACAGAAUUAAUUCGAUUGGCUCAGCCAUUAACUGAUACAUCAUUGACAGAACCUGAUCCUGCUAAUGCCCAGAGAUAUACAGGCUGGUCAUCCAUGUCAACACUUAUAAAGAAAAACUUAGUUUACAAAGAAAGAAGUCCAGCACAGUUUAGUCUAACUGAAGCAGGGUGUAACUUGGCACAUAGAUUACAGCAUGUUGACAGGAAGUCUACUUUUAGCAACCAAUCAGAUCACUUGCACACAGAUGACACACCUACUUUACCGUCUCUAGACCAAUCAAAUUCAGAUACCACACCUAUUUUACCAUCUCUACACCAAUCAAAUGAUUGGAUGGAUGUAGAAAGUGAAAGUAGAAUAACUGAUGUGUCUCCUCCUUCAGAAAAUGAUAACAGGUAA